AAAAUUCUCGGACAGGAUCAGCUGUUGUACUUAAUCAAAGUAUCCUUAAUUAUCUCCAACUUACAUUUGACUGUAAAACCCACCACACAUUCACUCACUCACUUACACACCUAUACUUUAUAAUCUUCCUCCUUUCCAUAUAUGCAUUCCUCAUAUCAAACUUAACACCUCCAUAGAGACCUUUUUUAUAACUCUCUUCAUGGCUGAUAAUGUCCAAGUAGUACCCAUUGAGGAACCAGCCUCGACCGCAACCGCCACAGCCACCGCAACAACCAAUGAGCUAGAAACCAAAAGCUCCGAUCAAAUGGAGUCACAAAGCGACAAGCCACCCAUUGGAAUGUUGGUUACGAUCGUAAACCUUUGUGCCAUCGGUAUUCUUCCAAUCUUCACCUUCUUUCUUUCUCUUACACUCCUCGGCUACGCUGUGUGGCUCUUCUACAUGCGCAGCUACGAAUGCGAAGACAUCCUCGGUCUCCCACGUGUCCAGACGCUCGCUAGCGUCGGUCUCCUUGCCGUGUUCGUCGUCAGCAACGCGGCUCUCUUUCUCCGAAGGAAGUUUCCUAUGCCCGCACUCGUGGUGAUGGUGGUGAUUCUUUUGCUGAUGAUGUUCAUGGGUUUGGCGUACGCAGGAGUCAAUGAGAUGCAGAGCAGGCGGUUUCCGGCGACUGCGAGGUGGUUUAAGCUCAAAGUGAUGGAUGAUGUUAAUUGGAACAAUAUCAAAUCGUGUGUCUACGAUAAAGGAGCAUGCAACGAGCUUUUUUACCAAUAUCCUAAAGAGAAACCUUACAACAGAAGGAAAAUGCCACCAAUAAAGAAUGGAUGUUGUAUGCCGCCGGAGACAUGUAACAUGGAUGCUUUAAACGCGACCUUUUGGUAUAGAAGAAAAAAAGAGGGCCCACCAUUGGAGACGGAUGUGCUGUAUGGUGGGAUGGGCGGAAUACUAAGCGACUGUGAGUUAUGGAGGAACGAUUGGAGCAUAAUGUGCUAUGAUUGUAGAUCUUGCAAGUUUGGAUUCAUAAGAUCUCUAAGAAGGAAAUGGUGGCAGCUUGGUGUCUUUUUGGUUGUCAUCUCUAUUCUUCUUCUCAUCUCUCACCUCUUGAUCUUCUUGGCCACCUUUUGGGAAAGAUUCAAGGGUCAAAUAAUCAUCAUGGAGGUGGAGAGUUCUAUGUGGUAAAAUAAUUCAUUUGUUCUGUAUUCAUUUUAGUACUCAAGCAGGUGUUCCUUUAAGCAGAUCUUUAGCUCUUCAUCCUUUCUCUCUGUCUCUUUGUUCGGUUUAGUGUAAAGAAUGUGUUUGAAAUAAAGUACAAACAAUGGUUUGGUUCAUAACUCAAAAGGAAGUUCUUGAGUCCACUGCUUAAUCUUUGAAGCACGGGACUUGAAGGUUAGAAUUUAAAAGCGUCAUUGGUCUUAUAUAACACGGAUGGGAAGGUCUAAUAUUUUGCAUGUGCAUGUGAAUGCAGCAGUUGAAAACCAUGUUAAAUUUCCGUGUUGUUUUGUAUUUAUUCAUAUGUUUCCGCACAAUUUUCUCUCAUCCUUUAUACUCCUUCCGUUUUUAAUAGAUGACAUUUUAUUAAAAAAAAUUUAUUCUAAAUUAGAUAACAUUCUAAUUUUAAAUGUAAAAUUUAUUAAUUUUCAUAUUAUAUGACUAUUUGUAUUUUGCAGUCUUUUUUUAUUAGUUAAAUUGUUUAAAAAAAUAAUUGAUGAUAUUUUUGUUUAGAAAAUAUAAAAAAAAAAUGUUUUUUUAAUAUAUAAUAUAUGUGCAUAAUUUUAAAACGACGUGUAAUAAAAAGAGGAGGGAGCAAGAAACCAAAUCAAAUGUAACAAAGGAUAGCCACAAUGAAGCUACUUUGUUCUUUUAUUGUCCUAAACUACCAACAGAGGAGUGAUCAAGCUGGAUUAUUAAAGCUUCUUGGAAAUGAGGUGCACAUAUAAAUACUAUUAGGGAGAUCGAAAAAGUGGAAUACAUCUUUAAUAAAAAGGGACGCUGCUUUAAUAAAAAGGUGAACAAUAACAUAAGGUGAAAUUCUACAUUUUGUUUCCAUGCUUGCAUCCUUCAUCUGUACAAAGAAUAGCCAAUCUUGGGGAGAGUCAUAGACAACAAACAAAAGGGUCUCUUCGCACUCAAUUAGUGAGUGAAGA